UAAUCGCGCAAAUCUAAUUCCAAUUGAUAGCGCUACUGUUACUUGAAACCUUUCAACUGUGUUAAUUUUAAUGCGGUCGAAAUCAAUUUUUUUGCACAAAAAGUUUUUUUUUUUUUUUUUUAAAUGUUCCAAUCGCUAGGAUAUCAUAAAAGCAAACGCAAUUAUAGAAUCCUCCCCGCAUUUUCUUCAUUUCCAAAUCCCGCUAAUCACCGUCUCUUUUAUAUAUUUUCUGUUUGCCCUUUCAAGGCUUAAAACAAACAAAUAAGAUCCCCUCCCAGAGAACUUCCCGUUUCUUUCCCCGCAAGAACUCUGUCAGGCGCGUGAUCAUCACGUUCUUUAACGGUCCCCUUCCCUUCAAUCACUCUACACGUUUCUCCUCUCUUCCUAUCCUCUUAUCCGCCUUCAACUUCUCUCUCUCCAUUGAAAGGGUUUUAGCUUUCCCCUUUCUCUCCAUCUUAAACCCUACCUAGGGUUUUGACUGAUACCAAAUCCCCAAGUUCUUUUUUUUUUUUUCACUAAUUUCACCACCCAUAACAUGCAAUUUUCGAGCAAUCUAUAACUAUGAUUGAGAAAACAAAGAAACAGAAGAAGGGUUCAAUCAGUGAGGAAGAUAUCUCUACUAUUCUACAAAGGUAUACGGCAACUACUAUUUUGGCACUGUUGCAAGAAGUGGCACAGUUUCCUGGUGUGAAGCUGAAUUGGAAUGCUUUAGUCAAGAAGACUUCUACUGGAAUUUCUAAUGCUAGGGAGUACCAGAUGUUAUGGCACCAUUUGGCCUACCGCGACGCCUUGCUUGAGAAAUUGGAAGAUGGGGCUGAACCCUUGGAUGAUGACAGUGACUUAGAAUAUGAAUUGGAACGUUGCCCUUCUGUUAGUAGUGAAGCUUCAGCAGAAGCUGCAGCAUGUGUGAAGGUACUGAUUGCUUCUGGUUUACCUAGUGACUCGAGUCGCGCAAACAGCUCAACAGUAGAGGCUUCAUUAAGAAUAAAUGUACCUAAUGUGCAGUCAUUUAGAGUGUCUUCAGAGAACUCGCAGCACACUUGCUCAAUGCAAGGGACGAACAUAACUGUUCCAGUUUCUGUUCAGAAACAAAUUCUGCCUGCAGUGACAUCGGCUGAAACAUUGGAAGGAAGUGGAUCAGCUGGUGUAAACCAGUCUUCUCGAAGGAAAAGAAAACCUUGGUCGGAAGCAGAGGAUAUGGAACUUAUUGCUGCUGUGCAGAAAUGUGGUGUUGGGAAUUGGGCAAACAUCUUGCGAGGAGACUUCAAGGGAAAUAGGACUGCUGCACAGCUGGCUCAGAGGUGGACUAUCAUUAAGAAGCGACUUGUCAACUUAAAUGUGGAAGGAAACUCAACUAUUCCCCAACUUUCUGAGGCACAGUUGGCUACACGUAGUGCUUUGUCCUUAGCCCUUGAUAUGCCAGAUAAAAACUUAACGGCAGCUUGUACAAAUAACCCUGGUUUGAAGCCCUCAUCCAGUAAUCCUGCACUUCCAACUACUAGUGGUGAAGCUUCUGUCCAAGCCCAAAAUCAGUCUCAACAAGGUCCUAUCACUUCUGUCUCAACCCACAAUCAGCCUCAAAAAGGUCCAAUUACUUAUGUCCCCGCCCAAAAUCUGUCUCAGCAAGGUCCUGUUGCUUCAGUCCAAGUCCCAAAUCAGUCUCAACAAGGUCCCAUGACUACAAAAACCUCCCCUAGGGGACCAUCAGCUUCUACUUUAAAAUCUCGGGUAAGUUUGAAAAAGCCACCAGCAAAAUCUUUUCCCUGUACAGGUUCAAUCCUAGAUGCCACUGCAGUUGCUGCUGGGGCCCGCAUUGGUAGCCCAGAGGCUGCUGCAUUUCUGCUUAAGGCUGCUCAGUCCAAAAAUGCUAUUCAUAUUAUGGCUUCAGGUGGCUCUUCUGUUAAACCUCUCAUGCCCGGUGGAACCUCUUCCCAUUUGGAGGUUCAUUCUAAUGUGCAAUAUGUUAGUACUGGCCUAACAGCUGAACCAGUCUCCUCUCCUGUUGUUUCAUCUUCUACCUUGCAUCCUGGUUCAGUAAAAUCAGCGACGUACAGAGUUGAGCAUACUCCUGCUUCUUCCUCAUUAUUAAAUGCUUCAACUCAGCAGUGUAAUGCCGUUACGUCUGGUCCAACUGUUGAAGGUCCUCUGAAGGAAGAAAUUGAGGCAGCACUAGAGAUCAAGGGUUCUGUGUCAGACAGUUUGCCUAAAGAGCAGGUGCAAGAAAAUGGAGCAUGUGUGUCAAAAAAUGAACCAGGUGAGGGAGUUAAAGAACACAAAGCAGCCGCAUCAAAUCCAAAUGAGUUUAAGGAUCUUGAGGCUGUUGCUGAACAUCCUAAUGGGACAUUAAUGGUUGAGAGUGAUCAAGUAGAUGUCACAGCAAACCUGGUUGAAGAGAGUCAAACUGGCAAUGAUAGUAAGAUUGAUUAUUCAUUGGUUAAAAAAAGUGACAAUCAACCUGCAGCUGAAGAGAGUAGCAGGAACCAGAGCAUGAUUAAGUCACCUGCUGAAGCCUCUUUAAAUGAUGGAAGCACCAAGAAUCUGGAGGUUUUGAGCAAAGCAGAAACUGGCCAAGCUAAAUAGUGAGACAUGAAAUCUUGUUUUUAGUAAUAUAUCUCUCUAUUUUAAGAAAAAUAUAUUGUAGAUUUAGCUGGCAAAGAGUCCUGUGAAAAGAAAGAAAUUAGUUUCAACAGUGGUGUUAUUCCUUUGAUAGUUCUCGUGGAAGGGAAAAGAGAAAAGUAGCUUCGAUUAUACCUUUUUCUUGUAGCUUUAAUUAUAGGUUUUUUCAUGACUAUAAUCUAUAUACUCUUCGAGUUUGGUGGAUUCUGGUUAAUUUUUUAUGGUUAAA